AUGGCUAGUACUUACGAUACUGAAGAACAAAGAAUUAUUGACAGAAUCAAAUGCAUUGCUUUUCGUGAAGCUCGAGAUGCUGGUGCAACAUUUAUUAAUCGACAAUGGGUAUCGGAGAAAGUUCAUCGCUCAGUUCGAUUUGUUACAGACUGGUGGGGAAAAUCAUAUGACCAAUGCGUUGCUGAUUAUUCAAGAGCUGGUCCCAAACUUAAAUUGUCACCAGCUAGUCAAGACAUCAUUCGUAAAGCAAGUGGUCAGCAAAGAAAAAGCUGUUCUGUUGUGGCAAAGGAAAUUGCACAAAAGCAAAGAGAAUAUGUCACUCGAAGAACAAUCAAUAAUUACCGCCAUAGAGAAGGAUUGAAACCUUUCCACGUUAUUCCAAAACCGUUGAAGUCUGAAACCCAUAUAUCAAAUCGAUUAUGGCUGUGCGAUUGGUUAAAAGAUUGGACCGAAGAAGAUUUUCUUCAUCUGGCACCAUCUGAUGAAUUUUACGUGUGGGUCGUUCGUCGACCAAAUUAUCAGAACGAUCGAAUUUGGGCAAAAAGCGUCGAUGAUAUCGAAGAAGACGAACGUUAUCGUGAAAUGGUGAAAGAUCAAGUAUGUAUCGGGAUAUUUGUUAUCUUUACUGCAAAAAGAUUACAUUGGGUGAUUAAAGAGAAAGGUGAAUCUUGGACUGGUCAAUAUUUUCGUGAUGUAAUUUUGACUGAAAACGUGAUUCCGUUCUUAAAAGAUGAAGAAAAUGUUAUCGAUCCCAAUGAAGUUAUAUUUGUCCAUGAUAAAGCACCAUGUAUGCGAGCAUAUCCGACCCUACAUUUGCUUCAAGACAACGACGUUAAGUUUUGGGGGAAUGAUAUUUGGCCUGGAAAUUCACCCGAUCUGAACAUGGCCGAACAUAUUGGGACAAUAAUCAAGGAUGAAGUUGAAAAAAGGAUGUUGUCAGAAACUGAACAUUCUGGUUAUCUUGAAGAAACACUCAAAAUGCACAUUUCAGAUGUUUUGACACACAUGGAAGAAGAUACUGAAUUAUUUGAAACUCUUCUAUGUUCAUAUCCAUCGCGACUGCGUGCAAUUCCAUUGCACACUGCUAUUCGUCGGACAGCAAUCGAUCUUAUCGGUCGUGGUUAUACUACAUGGGAAUCCUAUUUAGAUAUUGGACAAGUACUACUAACAUUAUUUGAUUUAUGUUCUAUUAGUGAUAGUUCAACAAUGACAAGCAAUCUACAUGGUGGAAUAUUAACACCAAGAACUGAUACUUGUUUAACAGCGCGAACAGCCCUUUAUUUAAUUGCAACGUCUCGUUCACGUGUAGUUAUAAUGACACUUGCACGUGAAAUAGCUAAAUAUGCUCUUGUACAAUCUGGAACAACAUCAUCACCAACAUCAAUAACACUUAAAAAUGAACAUAAACUUGAAACACUUCGUCUCAUUCAAAUUCUUAUUGAAAAAUGUUCACAAGAUAUUGAAGACUUAAUUCUUGAAGUUAUUGAUAUUACUUUGAAUUGUAUUGAUUUGAAUAUUCUUCGGCAUAAAGGUGUUCAAGCUGUAUCAGAAACAUUUGGAUUAUUAUUAAAUAAACGAAUCCAAGACAGUUUAUCUUAG